AAACAUCCAAUCGAUUUCGCCGGGUCAACAGAGCUGAUCACGACCGACCACCAAACCGAGGAAGAAAUUUCUGCCCACUUUCCCUUGUGAUACAAGACAACCGGUUUGAUCAUUGACAUUGCAACGCCAACUUCUUAUAAAUGGGAGGCAGUACUUCAUGAAACUAAUGUUUCUCACGCAGAUGAACAAAUCUCCGACGCUUCAAGACUACAUACUAGAAUACUGAAGUUCCUUCUUUUUUCUCUUUUCUUGGAAGAUGUACGUGACGCGGCCUCUGUCCAUGUACCGGAAGCAACCCGAGGCCCUCUCGGAGGCUCCGCCGGCAGGGCCGGGCUCUGGAUACCUGGUGAUCCAGGACGAGGAAGCCCAGAACUUCUGCUGCUUCGGGCUGUGCAAGGACAGCGAGCUCUACGACUUCCCCUUCCCUCAGAACAAGGACCUCACAGUCAGUUACACGGAGAGCCACGGUGAUGGCCAGGGAGGCACGAGCACGACGGUCUACAGCGAUGAGGUGUUCAUGAUCCCAGUCGUCGGCCGGCCCUUGUCCUCCAAUCAGUACUAUGUGAUUCGGCGUCGCGGGAAGCAUAAAGGGGAAGCGCACGGUAAUUCGAGGGAAGAAGACAAAGGCACCUGCUUGUGCUUCCGAUACGUUAAAGACAAGAAGCCGAGCCCUUUGGAUCCCGAGGACAUAUACCAGCAGUUCGUGAUCGACCGGCGUGAGACUAUGUGCGGUUUUGGAGGCUUCCACGCUAAAUCCGUCGCCGUGGAUGGGUACCCUCCGAGAUUCCUGAAGAGGAAAGGCUGGACCCUCCGUGGCAAAACGCCCAAGAACUUCCUCUUGGACGACGACGCGCUGGGAGUGGACGACUCUCGGAGGUCAAAGCUCCCGAGCCUCGACAUCUCAAUCGACAGGAAGAGGUCGGACCCGGUGGUGGUGGGGAAGUGGUACUGCCCUUUCAUGUUCGUCAAGGACGGGGAGGUCGGGGAGCAGAUCAAGACGUCGCCGUUCUACGAGAUGACGCUGCAACAGAGAUGGGAACAGGUCCAUGCCUGUGAGAACUAUGGCAACGAAGGCAGUGAUGUGGAAGUGGAUGUGCUCGUUCAGAAGGAGGCCAUCGCAGUGUUUGGCGAGGAAGCCGGGAAGGGCGAUGCGAGUGACGGAGCGAUAUGGUUUAGGAGUAACAGAGGGGCGAUAGGACUGAGCAUGGCGAUCGUGGAGAGGAUGAGGUGGGAGGAAGAGAGGGUGGGCUGGGUGAAUGAGGGAGAGAAGAGGGUGAGGGAGUUGAUGAAGAGCGGGUCGAACGAGGGUUGGAAGAGGUUUGGGUGUUAUGUGCUGGUGGAGAGCUUCGUGCUGAAGAGGAUGGGUGGGACUUUGGUGUUGGCCUACGACUUCAAGCACACUCACCAAGUGAGGAGCAAAUGGGAGUGACAGAUUUUCUUCAUCUGUUGUUCUGUUUUCUGUGGGUUUGAUAUUUGAUGUUUUUGUGACUGGUGUCCAUAAAAGCUUAGCUAAGUUCUUGUGCUAGACAUGCUUGCUGGUUUGAACUUGUUCCGUCCAGUGCUGAUCAAUCUUCUACGCUGUUAAAAAAAAACAUUAUUGUAAUUUUUAUCCUUGAGGAUAUAAAGCAAUGAGGGAGAACUUUUUAUGUUGUCCCCGUCUAUCCAUGAAAGAAUAAUCAAUGGAGAAAUGCAAGUAAGAAGAAGUAAGGAUAAGAAGUUUAGGUUAA